AUGUUUCACUCGCUCACUGUAAUUAUUCCUUUCCUAUUCGCUAUUUCUGCCCUUUCCCAUCAACUCGAGGAAGGCUCUGGUGAUGAGGAUCCCUGUCUAUGCUUCAAAUAUUCUCUAAAAUUCACAAAUCUCUCCGAUGAAUACACUUUCAAGAUCCCGGAUGGUCAAUGUGAUUUGCAUUGUCAAAUGAUUGUGAAAAACUCUCUGAAAGAAGAAGAGAAUAAAACGAUUGGAUAUCAGAUUUCAUUCAAAUUGGAGGGCGCAAAACGAGCGAUUUUACCGUGCACCCAACUGAACAUUCGACCCGUUGGCGGACAAAGGAUUAAAGUCGUUGUCGUCGAUCCGCGGGCUCCAAUCGAUGUUCCUUUCAACGAGUUUACUUUGGUGCACAAAUGGAUGAACGAAGGGUAUCAAUGGGAGAAACAUGAGUAUGAUGAAGACGAUUAUGACAUGUGGAUGACGAUUAAGCCGAAAUAUUUCGAGAAGCAA